GGCCCUUCGAUGCUUUGCUGCCAGUGCUGCUUAAGGAGCCAUCGAUCCUAGGCCUUCCGCGCCUCAAACGGCGGACAGCAGCGGUGGAGGACGUCCCUCGGAAGCGGACACGGUACUUGACCAUCCCAUACCCAACCUUUGAGGUUCGGCGGGAGCCGUCCCCGGUGCCGGAGGAGCCUUCGAGGGAGGAAGCUCCAGAUGAAAUUGCCGAGAAAACGGAGGCGGAAGAGUCAUUGCCCUCGCCCAUCACCAUAGCAUCUGAGCCAACCGCAGAGACGGCGUUGCCGGCGCCCAACGCCAGCGAGGAGGUAGAAAAGGUUGCUGAGGAGGAGAGCCAGGAUCAGAAAAAGUCCCUCUUCGAACAAGGGGCGGUCUUUGAAAUCUCGGAGGAGGAGACGCCCAAAGGGCAAGGACCUCCUCCUGGGUUCCAGGCGCUGAAGCUUCCCGAGGCCCCGCCCGCAGCAUCGCCCUUCCAGGCGCCGUCGCCAUUUCUGACCCCGCCGCCAGCCCAGGCCGGCGGGCUCUUUGCACAGCCCCCACCAGUUGAGGCGGCGCCAGAACCCCCGAAGGUGGAAGUUAUCGAGGACGAUGAGCCGUCUGCCCCGAAGGGUCCUCCGGCUCCAGGAUCACCUCCGGACUUCGUUCCUCCGGAGGUUGAGGCCUGGUCGCUCGCCCAGGCAAAUGCUGUCCUCGAAGCGUGUUUCGACUUGGAGGAGCAGGAAGAGCCUGCUGAAGAGCCAGCCGAACAGCCCGCUGAAGAACCGCUCCAGGAGGUGGACGACAAGGAGGAGCCCGAAGAGGGGGAUGAAGAGGCUGAAGAGGCUGAAGAGGACGACGAGGAGGAAGAGGAAGAGGAUGACGGAGAAGAUGAAGAUGAGGGGGAAGAGGAAGAAGAAGAGGAGGAGGAUCUGGAGCAUCAACCUGCUCACACGCCGAGAGGCCCUCAACAGCCGGUCGAGAUUCUUGAAGAUGAUGACGAGGCUGAUGGCCAGCAGGCCCAGGAGUGGGAUAAAUGGCGACGUGAUCUGUUGGAGGAGGAGCCGGAUCCCGAGCAGGGCAAUGACUGGCCAGAAGAAGAGGAGGAACCCGAGCCCUACGAGGAACCUGAGGCGAGCGAUGUUCCUGAAGUGCACAAGCCAAUGCCUGUGGGUCUUGUUGCGUCUCACUCUCCGGGGGCGACCGCCGCCAAAGCCGUCGCGACAGCACCCUGGCAUCGACAGCAAGACAAGGCAAGCUCCCGAGGGCGGACCACUCCUCAAGCAAAGGCCGGGAAAGGCCAACGGAGCAGAAAGGGGCAGACAUGGAACGAGUCAAAGGCUGGGGGAAACUCCCAGGGCCAGUCGUGGAAUGAGUCAAAGAACUGGAACUCUUGGAGCUCCUCUUCGACGUCCUGGAACAAGUGGAACGACUGGCAGAGCAAUUCCGGCAAUAAGAAUAAGAAG